UGUGCAGUUCAUGGUUACGUUUGACGCAUCAACCUUUAAGUAAAAGGUUGCUAUGCACAUUGCAAGUUGGGUUUCCCUCUGUUGCCGCAGAUGCCUGGAAAAAUGAAACUGAACAGUGCUUACUUUGCUGUUACCAAAAUACACACAAAAAACUAACUUUGACACAACAUACAAUACUGGCUUAGCUUUCCAGUUGAUAAAUCAUAGUGAGCUAAAGACAGCACUGCUGCAGCCUCCCUCCACUUACAGGAUGUAUUAAGCUCCUAUCAUAGGGGUCAUAAAGAUGCAUCCUUAUCCCUAAUCUCAUCUUUCAGAAACCACUAAAAGCAAACUAGAGAGACCAAACUGAUUUGGAAACAUAAUUUAUUCUCAUGAAAACUGAUUUCAUAGUGGAAACUCUGCAACCACAAUGUUCUUCAUUGCGGUUGCAUAAUAAGGUCAUGCUGCAACCGCAAUGAAGGGUCCUAUUCCUAAGAAUCGACCCCAAAGUGUCAAAAAGACAUCAGUUGUAUUAACUUUCAAACUUACAGGAGAGAAAUGUUUGUGUGUGUGUGUGUGUGUGUGUGUGUUUGUGUGUUUGUGUGUGUUGGUGUUCAGCUUUCCUGUAAGCCCAUCUCUGAGAGGUAUUGGUUGAGGUUAACUGAACGUGUCGCUACCUACGCUCGCUACCGGUUUUUCACAGGCACGAAAGCCCAUGUAGACAUUGGUGCUUUUCAUGUGGCAGCAGCAUCUUCCCACCAAGAAAACGCUGUGUGCUACUGAAACUGCUGCAUCACUGUUUACCAACAAGUCUGUGCCUCAUGAACAGGAAUAUCCAAUGAUAUAAUACAUUUAGAUUAUAAUGCAUUUUGGCUUUGAUUGAAAAGGGCAUUAUUUGGCCCACAAGACCUGUUGCAUAUAAAGUGCUGGUUAGAUGACUGGGUAUGAUGCUGCUCAGUCUUUCCUACUGUGGAACUUUUCUGAAUUCUCUCUGAUGAAUGCAGUGGUGCUGUGUGAAGUCAGGGUCAGGUGAGACCUGUUGCUUUCUGCUACCCUCAGUCUGAACUACAAAGCAUAUAAAAAAGCACAAGCUGAGAUAAAGCCCAAUAAAGGUUGUGGUAUUCAAUAUAUACCCUCCAACCAAGCAGCCCAGAGAAAAAUCAGUUGAUGCAUAUGUUAGUUUAGAGUUUAUAAAAAGUGAUGUGUUCACUGUGGUGGGAGGGCUCUGCGGGUGGUUAAUGACUCAAGCUUGGUGUCUUAAAGCAGAGGUGCUCAGACAGACACCUCCUUCACGCAGAGGCGAUUGAUGCACACGCAGUUUGUCACUCGGCACGUCCUGCACCAUGAGCUGCGACCACAGGUAUCCUUUCCCACAAGUGUUCCUCGUGGAUGGAGGUGGAGGUCCAGUGGAUCCUGCCCAGCCUCCGAGUCUUGUGCCCUGCUGGACGUCGCCUCCUGUCCAGGAGAGGGCGAGGAGCCGUGGGAGGAGUGGGGGCUUCAUGCGCGUCAGCCCCUGUCUGACUUUGGUCGUCCUGCUGCUGUUCCUGCUGGUGUUUGCAGCCCUGGGCUUUGAGGCCUAUCAGAUUUAUAAAAUGAAGACAGAACUGAGACAGAUGAAACAGGGUGAACCUGUGACAGAGUCUAAUAUGGUUCAAAAGCAAAUAGGUCUCUAUGGACCUGAGCUGCACGACAAAGACAAAGACGACAGGCCUGCAGCACAUGUGAUCGGGCAGAUCCAGAGAGAGACAUUCCAUAAGACUUUGCGAUGGGAACCGAAGGGGGGUCGGGCCUUCUUGUCCGGAGGAGUGACCUACCAGAUUGAGGAUGGCAGCCUGCGGGUCAAUGAGAGCGGAUUCUACCACGUCUGCUCACGGGUGGAGCUGAUCUUUAAGAGCUGCUCAUCCACUGCCUCGUUCGUUCACUCCGUGUUUGUGAGGAGAGUGGGACACCCGUCACCCAUCACCCUGAUGGAGGCCCACAGAGACGGCCUCUGCCCUCAGCAGCUGGAUCACCCCUGGACCUCUGACAGUUUCCUGGCCUCUGCCCUGAAGCUGCAGAAAUACGACAGAGUGUUUGUGAACGUAUCGCAACCCAGAUAUCUCAGCCACGAACAUUAUGCCAACUUCUUUGGUCUCUACAAGAUAUGAAGGGUUUGUGCUGAUGCGCUUAGUUUUUUAGUCAAUGACAGAAUGUAAACAGUGGAAAACAAAUAUUGCGCCUUUUGUAAAUGUCGACACUAAGAUGCUGAUUUAUUUGUUGCAUUUUUAAAAUAUUUAUUUGGGUGUGGAUCCGACAAUCGUUGAAAAAGAAUUAUAAGAAUAUUGUUUUUUAAUAAAUAAAGAGAUUAUUUAAGUUAA